UUUUCAUAGAUAUCGACGCGGUCACACUGCAAUUUUACUGCAAACGCGUUUUUUUUUGUUGUACAAAUCUAAAAUACAAGAAUUAGAAUUAGAUAAAUCGCUCCUAGUGUUUAACGAAGUACACCUUUAGUUAGCUUUACGGUCAGUUUCCCGUGGCGAAGGCGGCGACAGUAGCAAAGUAAUAGCAAUUAAUUACAAUUACCUCUCGGCAAAAGUCGAGCAAAGCAAAAAAGAGAAGUUUGCAAGAGGCGUGUGAGCGUGACGAAGAGAGCGACAGUGAGAGAAUAGAAUAUUGAAUUAAACGGGACAGGAGAAACGGAUCGAAACUCAGACUAGAGCAGGGAAAAAUCUAAGAGGCUUUGACAACCAAAACCCACAACCCAACUGGCCGGGGAACAAAUGUCAAAUUGCGGCGCAUAAAUACAUUAAUUUAAAGCCCCCCGCACAAGUCAGGCUCAUACAAAAUUACACACACACAUACAGGCAGCAGUUUGUCGCAACAGGAAUAAGGAUUCAACACACGAUGUAUGCCGGAGCAUAUGCACCCAACGCUGGCGGCGUUCAACAACACACGGGCGGCGGUUACUAUGGCAAUGGUGCCGCCGCAGGCGCUGGUGGCGGAGGUAAUGGUGCCCCACGUCACGAACGUCCCUUUUAUCCACGCAGUAAUUUCGCCGGCGCUGCCGGUGGAGCGACUAUCAAUGGAACAGCCGGAGCCGCAGGUAGCAUGCACUUUGGCCAGCCGUACGGCGUGAUGACCUAUGGCAUCCAAAACGGUUUGGGAAUGGGAGCAGCCGGUGCCGGUGGCGGUAAUCCGUAUCGUCAACAAAAUGGUGUGGCUUUCGCUGGAAAUGGCCUUGGAGGAGGUGGUGGUGGGGGAGCUGGAUCUGGCGGUGCUGGUGGCUAUGGUGGACCCCGUGGCAAGAAUCCCAAUUACGCACAACGCUACCAGAAACCGCACAACGGCGGCGGAGGAGGUGGUGGCUAUCAGAGCAAUAACUACAAUGCUGCGGCCUUGGGCAUGCUAUCCAAGGAAGAGCGCGCCGAGAUCCAACGCGAAAAGGCCAAGAACCCCGGCCGAAAUCUAGUUAAGCCAAAGUGGGAGAACCUAGAGCCGUUCCACAAGGAUUUCUACAACAUUCAUCCCAAUACGCUGGCCAAAUCAGAGCAGCAGGUAGCCGAUAUACGACGCGAACUAGAAAUUACUGUGUCGGGGAACGAGUUGCCCCAUCCGGUGGUUAGUUUUGAGGAGAGCUCGCUUCCGACCCAUGUCAUUGAGGAGAUGAAGCGCCAGGGAUUUACGAAGCCCACUGCCAUCCAGUCGCAGGGAUGGCCCAUAGCCUUAAGUGGCCGUGAUUUGGUGGGCAUUGCCCAAACCGGUUCCGGCAAGACGCUGGCCUACAUGCUGCCGGCCAUUGUGCACAUUGGCAAUCAGCCGCCCAUAUUGCGCGGCGAGGGUCCCAUUGCUCUGGUGCUGGCCCCUACUCGGGAGUUGGCCCAACAAAUCCAAUCGGUCGUGCGCGAUUAUGGACAUCUUUGCAAGCCUGAGAUCCGUCACACUUGUAUUUUUGGCGGGUCGUCAAAGGUGCCGCAAGCACGAGAUCUUGACCGCGGCGUGGAAGUCAUAAUAGCCACUCCAGGGCGACUGAUUGACUUCCUUGAAAAUCGCAAUACAAACUUACAAAGAUGCACCUAUCUAGUGCUGGACGAAGCCGAUCGCAUGCUGGACAUGGGUUUCGAACCCCAAAUCAGAAAGAUUAUUGAACAGAUUCGUCCCGAUCGUCAAGUCGUCAUGUGGUCCGCCACCUGGCCAAAGGAAGUGCAGGCCCUUGCAGGCGACUUUUUGAACGAUUAUAUCCAAAUUAAUAUUGGCUCGAUGAGCCUGUCGGCCAACCACAACAUUCGCCAGAUCGUUGAAAUCUGCACCGAGAUGGAAAAACCUCAGCGCAUGGUGCGCCUGCUUAAGGAGAUUACCCCGAGCAACAAUUCAGCUAACAAUGGCAACAAGAUCAUUAUCUUUGUCGAGACCAAGAUCAAGGUGGAAGACAUCUUACAAAUCAUUCGUACCGAGGGGUACACUGCCACCUCAAUUCACGGCGACAAGACACAAAAUGAACGUGAUUCUGUGUUGAAGGAUUUCCGUAAUGGCAAGUCUAAUAUUCUAAUUGCGACCGAUGUGGCCUCACGAGGUCUUGAUGUGGAGGACCUGCAGUACGUUAUUAACUAUGAUUACCCCAAUUCCUCUGAGAACUAUGUGCACCGUAUCGGACGCACUGGACGGUGCCAGCAACUGGGUACUGCCUACACUUUCUUCACACCCGACAAUGCCAAGCAGGCUCGUGAGCUUAUUUCUGUACUCGAAGAGGCUGGCCAGACGCCGUCUCAAGCUCUUUUGGAUUUGGCACGUUCGAUGCCCAGCUCGGGAGGAUAUCGCGGCAACAAGCGUUGGAACAACAAUGGCGGCGGAGAUCGCAAUACUGGCGGUCACAAUGGCGUUUAUCAGCAACGCAACAAUAACCCGUUGAAUUACCAGGCGGGCAACAGCUAUAACAAUAACCGCGGAGGCCCACCAACUGGCUACCAGCAGUAUGCCGCUGGCGGCAAUAACUAUCAGCAGAAUGGUGGUGGUGGCGGUGGAAAUUGGAACCGCAUGAACCAAAUCGGACAGGAUGGCGCCGGCGGUCAACAGCAACGAAAUGGCAACACCUAUCGUCCAAGAACUCCGUUCAACAAUGGAGGACCACGUGCCAUAAUGGGCCACCAAGGCGGCGGUGGUGGAGCAGGCGGUGUGGGUGGAGCGGCUGGUGUUGGCGGUGGCCCCCAGGGACACAUGACGGCCCAGCAUGGAGGUCAGUACAUCCCACAGGCGUACCGUAGCCGUGGACAAUUUGUGCCGCAGGGGGCCGGAGCCGGUGGAAUGCCACCACGAUUCCAGCAGUAUCCAAAGCGAGAAUACCAACAGCAGGGAGUGCCCCACUAUGGCCAACAGGCUGUGCAGCAUCAACAGCAACAACAGCAGGUGCAACAGGGAGGUCAGCAGCCCAAACCGCCCAAGGAUGAUAGUAACAAAUACGCUCCACCGCCGCCACCGGCUGCUGUUACCACUUCGCUGGUUCAUUACACGCCAGCCAAUUCGCCACCGAUUGCGGCUGUAGCUGCUGCAGCUGCAGCAGCAGCCGGACGUGCCGCAGCUGUGGCUCCGGCUCCCGGAGCUGCCUACAUGUACGAUGCUGCCGGUGUGCUGACGACAGCUGCAGCACCGGGCACCAAUCCUUAUGCCAAUCAGUUUAGCAUGCCGGCCACUUAUUAUGCCGCUCAACAUCACCAAUUUGCACCAGCCGUGGCAGGACCCGGGCCAGGACCUGGACAGACCAUAGAGCAGGCAGGACACCAAUAAAAAUGCAUGCGCUCGGAAAGAAUAAAAGUGGAUAGUGGAGAGCUACAACAGCAGAUUUAUCAAUAACUUUAAAAAACAACAGCAACUUCACCAACGGCAUGGACAACAAACAAUUAACCAUUACCCACAGUCAUGAAAUCCCAAUGCACACGAUCAGAAAUGAAAAAAGGAUAUAAUUUACAAACAUAUAAGAGCGGAGUUGCUCUUUAAAUUUAAAGCGAAAAAAUUGACUUUGUUUUCUCCCUACUACUAAUAUUAGUAUUUAUUGUGUUCUCUUUCGCUCAUUGAAGCAUUUGCAGUUUGUGUUUGCGAUAAAAUUUGACCUACAACCCCCCUUUCCUACCCAAUCCCCUUAACUCUCCACUCGACUUUUCAUUCGUCACUGUUCUUUGGACAAACAACCUAAAACAUCAAUAACCAGGGACAUCACACGGAUCAUCGACCUCGUAAAUAUCCUUUUAAGUUUUCCAAAAACAAGGUAACACGAAACAAGAACACCUCGAAAGUGAAAAAAUUAUUGUAGUUCUUAGGCUUUUCGGCAUCAACACACACACACACUGACAGUUGCAUGUUUCUCGAAUGUUUAAAAAGAAUUAAGUAGGGCUAUUAUUAUUUCUUUUCCGCCAGGCAAACACAAGCAAAAUUAAAACUAGAAACAAACAGACACUGUUACUAAUUAUGUUAUAUAUAUAUAUAUAUUCAUCUGUACACGAAGCUAAAAACAAAACUCACUAGCACGAAACCAAAAAAAAAAUGAAUUCGAAAAUUGUCAAGAAAAAAAAAAGAAGGGAUCGAAAAAAACCCUUUUUACUAACUUGGUUGGUAAGAAAUGAACGGUUUGCUUAUAAUAACACACAUUUAAAAACAUGUUUAAUUAUUUUAUAUACAUAUAGCCAAGCAAAAUUUGCAACAAACAAUUACAACAAAGGGAAAACUGAAGAAAUUCUACACAAAUUCCAUUUAAAAAAACGCAGCUAACGGUUGAGAUAUACAAAUAUACACCUAUAUUUUGGCCAAAUCCAAAAUAGGAGCAAAAAAAGGGAUGGGCAGCGCUGCUUUGGUAGGAAGUAUGUUAAAGGAAGACUAACAAAAAAGAAAUAAUAUUUAAUCAAUCGAUAAUAAUAAUGCAAUUGAUGCAAUGGGAGAACAUUUACACAACCACCCCACACAAGCACACACCCAAAUCGACAAACACACACACACACACAUAACACCACAAGGACAGGCAAAUUUACAGUUACCAUUUAAUUUCCCAUUUUUAUACAUAUAUGUGUAUACUAAAUAUAUGUAUACAUAUGUAUAUUCGAGCUUGAUUUUUAAUGAAGAUUAAAAUAAAAACUCAUUUUGUUUAAGACACGUUAUAGAAUUCUAUAAAUAACCCCCCUUAACACAACAUUCGCAUAAAUUAACGAGGUUUUUUCAAAAGUUCUAUGCAAAUACUUGAAAAAAAAAAUUAAAAUUACAAUUAAAUUUUUCAAUUAUUCCAAGACAAAAGAACAGAAGCAGUUGAAAAUGAAAAGAAAGCGAAAAAAAGAAAAGACGCCACAUUCAUCCAUAAAGACAAGUAAAGCGAACAUGAAACAGGAGGAAUAGCAUGUGGAACACUAAACCUGGUUAGAAGAUCGAAUAAUGCCAAGCAAUGCCACACGAAAAUAAUGAUAAUAAUAAUACAGCAAACAUAAUGCAUACUUCUGACUAUUCCAAAAAGCUCUUUUCCGUUUUCCCCAUUCGUAUAUUCAUUUUUUUUUUUAAUUUUCUGUCAAUUGCGCCCUCUUCCAAAUACUUUUGGUCAGAGUUCAGUACAAGUGAAUAGAUAGUAGUAACAUUUAUUGGCAGCUCCAGUUAUAUAGUUAGCAGUAAUAUAUCCAAAUAUCGUCUGUCCAAGCAGUUGUCCAAGUUGUUGCAAGCAGUGCGUUGUCCUUCGCCACGGGAAAGUACAAAAAACCGAAGAAGUUUGGAAGACGUAACGGACACAAGGGAAUAUUCUACACAGCAAAUUGUGUGAAAAAAAGAAUACACAAGCAAAUAGAUGAAAGUCAUGUAGAUUAUAUUAUAUAUAUAUAUAUACAUAUAUAUAUUUGUUAGCCGUUUGGGGAGAGUGAAAGAAACAUUUUAGUAAUUUCAUUAUUUUUUUUUUAUUAGUUUUCUACGUGUACGGUUUCUUUUUAGUAAAUACAAAUCUGGGAAAAAAAAGGGACUAUUUAUAUAGUGUACAUCGUCAACACAAGGAUCUCUUUUUAAAGCAAAAGGGGGAAAACUCGAAAACUUUUUUAUAUAGAUCUACAUAUAUAAUUCAUAGAGAAGGAAGUUCAUUUUUUAUUUUCAUUUCAAUUAUGUAAGUUUUUUCCGGGGUCUUUAGUUUUGUUUUUUGAUAUAUAUUAAACAUUAUUGGAAAUGGAAACUACAAAUAAAUAAUAUUAUUUUUUGUACCUACUCUAGGCGUAUAUAUACGCAAAUUUACCAAGUGAAAUAACGUUUUAAUUUCUUUUUUUUUAUAAUUUUCUACUUUUUAAUUAUGAUUUUGAUGCAACCGAAUUGUGAUGAUGUGAUAGACUUAUAUAAACAAAACGAAAAUACAAAAAUACUAAUUAAUAACCAAUUUAAAUGAAGUAAACGCAGUGCCCCCAAAAAGGCCAGGCCAAAAAACACUGAAACUGAAGCAGAGACAGCCAAAAAUGAAGCUGUAUCUGAAUCGAAAUCAGUAUCUGAAUCAGAAGAGGAAUAUGAAUAUAUGUUAUGUAUUUGUAUUAUUGUCGUUGUCGUUGUCGCUUAUAGACAAUGUCUGAUGUCUAAAAUAUAAUGUAUUAUGGAUGACUUGAGGCAUACAUUCUUUUUUGAAGAAAUAAAACUACAGAGCGCGAUAUUUGUAUUGUAUUUAUCUAUAAGUUGUUGUGUACACACUGCGAAAAACAUACAAACCAAUCAACAAACUAAAAAAAAAAGCAAAAAAUACGGAAACACAAAAUCAAAACAAAAAGAGAGAAAAAAAGAGCAAAAGAAGUUGAAACUGAUAAAAUUUAAGAGUAACUGAAACCGAAAACUUCGAAAAAAAAGAAGGGAAAAGUGAACAAUUCUUUUUCCCCUUUUCACUUUGGAGGAAAGCCCUUCGUUUAAGUCCUGAUCGAUCGCUCUAUCUCUCUCAGCCUCCGCCCCACCCCUUAUACGAUAUAUUUCUCGCUCGCAGUUUCUUCUUAAAACGAUAGAUUUAAAACGAUAGAAAUUCGCAAAUACAUAUAUUUUUGAAAGUAUAGAAUUGCAACUUUUGAAAAAAUGUAACCAAAAAUAAAGACGAAAGACUAAAGCCAAAAACAAAAUGAAUUCAAUUGUUUGAAGCAAGAACAAGCGAAUAACGGAGAAACGAAACGAAGUGCCGUUAUUUCGAUAGUUUGUAUAGUUUUUUUAUUUUAUUAUUUUUUUUGUUUCGUUUACUUAGAGAACUAAAAUCGUUUCAAACACAAACACACCUAACACAAAGGCGUUUUGCUUUAGUUUUUGUUUUUGCACUUGUUUAACUUUUUUAUUUGUUUCGUUUUAAGCUUUUCGUUGGUAAACCAAAAUAUAUAUGUGUAUGUAUGGACAUACAUGUGUCAAUAUCGAUAAAGUCGAUAAAGUGAAUGCAUUUACCGCUACGGUGCGUCCCGCACAAGUGCCAAUAAUGCAGAAAAAAUUCCCGCACACACCCACUCACUCACACAUAAAUAAACAUACACACACAGAGACACAUCGAAUUCACCCAAACAAAAUUUUUUUUAUAGAGGAUACAAACACAAAACGAACUUUUUACAUAUGUAUUGCAGUGGGAAAAAAGCAAAAGGACCUAAUACAAAAAUCCUAUAUUGUUUACUGUACAUACAAGACCUACAGAAAAACAAGCAUACUUUUAAGCGCCAAAGUUAGCUGUUUUUGAGGGUUAUAAAAAGAAACUAUAAAACACCAGAUUUGUUGGGCAAUAUCAUUCAGCAUCAGCCAGAUCAUAUGUUAUAAGCUAAAUUUUGCCUUCGGCAGACGGAACUAACUUAAAAAUAAUAAAAAGAAGUUUAAACCAAAACCCAUUGUGAUAACAGCUGCGUAAACGAAACACGUUAGAACCUUACUUGUAUUUCGAUAAAACGGGACACCCAAUGAGUCCUAAAUAAUACAAAAUUCAAUCAAAAGCAAGCAAGCCAACAAUUUAUCCAAACUAGUUUUUAAACGAAUACAAAACUCACCUAGCCGCACAUACACUUAUUUUAUUGAUUUGAAAAGGAGGAGAACUUUUCUUGAUUUUCAUUUGUUGUGAUGAUCAAUGCAAAUUUUAGCAAAAACAAAACACCAGAAAACAUACAUAAAUGCAAAUUCUAAGCCAUUUUGAAGGAGCGUGCAUUUAGAACAUUACAUCAAAUAAUAUUUACACUUGCAUAUAUUCAAAGCAAACCAUUUGAAUAAAUUCUAAAUAUUACUAUAGAUCACUAACACAAAUUGCAACUGAAGAAUUAGUUGAUAUAUAUCGAUGCAUAUGUAUAUAUUCAUAUAUGCAUACAAAGUUUAUGCAAAUUAAUAAACGAAAAGCAAAGCAAACGCGUUUGAUUGAAUGUUUGCAGCUUAAGCUAAGUUAGCACACACAAUAUUAUAUUAAUUAUUACUGAACGAUAUAGGUAUGCAUUAUAAUGCAUAUACAUAUUUAUAAUGCACCGCCUUCCCCUUUUUUUUUCGUCGCAAAACACAAGAAAACCGAUACGGAAGAAGGCCGAAAACUAACGGAGAUAAUUAAAUUUUAAUCAAUUUACCUAUCUUAUACUAAGUUAUACGAUCCCAUAAACACAACCCCGUCCUCAUUUAGUAAUUGGACAACCCAAAUUUCCCAUCGUCCUAAAUCCCAAAAUGUUAAACACGAAAACGUAAAAAAACGCAAAUUUAUGAAAUAUGUAACGGAAAUCUUUACAAGAAGCGAAAUAGAUAUCUUCUAUAUAAUAAAUAAACGCCAACAAAAAUCACUUUUAAA